AUGAAGUCUUUUGUGGCUAAAGUGACUCUGCUAGCAGUUAUUUCUUUUCUUUACUCAAAAGUAAGUACAUUUUAAUUGACCUAAAUAUGACUAGAAUCGCCUUUUGAUAACUGAUUCUAAUUAAUUUCUUAAAAGGCGAAAACCUUUAAUUAAAAAAUUCCUUUUGCUGACAAGCAGGGGAGAAAGUUUCUGAAAGUGAUUAUUCCAUUCGAGCUAGUUGACUAUCCUUUAAUAUUCAACUUUUAUCCAUGUAAAAUUUAGGAAAUUACAGGGAAUUAAAUUUUAACCAAUCGCGUUUCUGAUAACCACCAUUUCAUUCAAGCCCAAGGCAUGCAAAUUAGUCAACAUCGAGGACCAGUUUUCUCUAUAAAGCUAACGAACCAGCUUUUGUUCUACCAUCUUCGCGGGAAUUCGAUCGGUAACGUUUGUUUUGAAUGUUAUGUCUGUGUUUCAGCUCGUGCUGUUUGUUGUUCUUGUCCUCCCUGCAAAAUUAACAAAUAGGUGGAAAGCACCAUGUGGGCUCAGUAGGGUCUCUAAGAGUAUAGGACAUAAAUUUAAUUGUUAGGGCCCGGGUUGUUCAAAGCUGGGUUAAGAUAACCCAGGGUUAGUGUAAAAUUUGAUUUGCAGUUUUGAAGGCUUAGAAGAAAAUUCAGUUCAAAUAUUUUUGCCUGCAACUUGAUCAUAGAAUGGUCUGGAAAGGAAUGGGGCAACUCUACCCUAAAAAAAUUUUGAACAAAGAAUUAAAGAAACCUGAAUUAAAAUUUAACCCUGGGUUUGCGCGGAUCGGCCUUCGAACACUGGGCGUUGGUCUCCUUCCAACCCUCUCCUGUCGCAAUAAAAUGAUUGCACAAUCAAGCUACUUCUCUCACCUACAGGUAUUCUUUUUUUUCCCUUUCAACUUUUUCCAACACGUAGGUAAGAUGCGAUGAAGGUUUCCAGUGCCCUCAUUCUGCGUGUGGUCCACCAAAAUCCUGUAAACUUCAGGUUAGUCGCGUACGUUUUCCUUGCUUUCCUGACGAACUGAAUGUAAUCGUUAUGCAUACUUUUUAGAAAUAACAUCACUAUACAUUGAAAUCCCUUUUUUCCCUAAACACAAGCACGCAAAAAAGCAUAUAAAUUUCUGCCGUUCUGUUUUAGGAUAAAUUGAUUUAUCAUCAGACCAUGACACCUGCUUGGCUCGAAGGCCAUGCCUCAUACAUCAACAUUGCUCAUACCAUAACAGCCGAUAUGAUCUCAUUUCAAUUAACUUCCACCGUGAGUGGACCCCAAACUAAAGACGCUGCCCUCCUAAAAGUACCUCUGAUCACUGCUGACGUCCUGAAAGACUGCACACUGCUGACCGUGGAGAUCACUGUUGCCAAUGACGUCAGCAUUGGAGGAAAAGCUUACGACAGCGACAUCAGAUACGGCCUCUCAGAUGGGGAGACUUUCAUUGGUUUUGAGGCUCCCGAUAGGAAAAGUUAUGGAACGUCUUCUCCUUGUUAUGGAAUUGAAGGAACAUCUGGCAAAUUCCUGAAGAAAAUAAAUUACAAAAACACCAAGUUCCCUAAGGUCAACAAGUACUCAUACUACCCCGGUCGAUUCUUGUUCACUUUCAAGUUAGAUCAGCGAUGGGGUUCUUGUUACACCGCGCAGGACCAUGGCUUUGUGAAGACCGCUGGCUACAUAAACCGACUAAAAGUCAGUAAGGGGCUCACUCUGGAGGUUUACAAGACUGAUAAAAAUGAGAGGGUUGGGAUCAAGUUUAUCAAGGUGGCCAUUACGCAGGACUCGUCAUGUAAUCAGUAAUGAAAAGAAUCUUAUUAUAAUAAAUGUUUGUCUUGAGUCAUCUGACUUCGAAGCUCACCCAUUACUUUGGGUCAGGGCAGUUAGAAUUGUAUAUUAUAAUGUAACAUUGCACUUUUCACUCAACCAUACCUCAACGAGUUGAAUCUGGAUGAAAACUAAUUUUGCAAGUAAAUAAAAUGGGGGAGAGAAAAAAAGGCAUUUGUCGCACUUUGAUCGUUAAAAACCCAAUAGACUUAGAUAACUUUGUGCUUAGAUAUCAAUUUUUGCUGCUCAUCAAAGAGCUGGUUGAGCUGUUUGUUUCUGGGGACGAGAAGUUGCUGAUUAAGGCAGCAAAAAACCCCUUAAUCUAUAGCUGUAGCAGAGAACUUCAAUCUAAAUUAUAAUACAUUUAAGACAAUCCUCGUUUGAGUUUGCCUUUUCAAAUCUUUCCUAACAUCUAAUCUGGGCAGGUUUUGUUGCCCUGAACUCGACUUACCCCUCAGAUCAAACAAAAAGCGCAUAUUGGCCCUGCCCAUUAGAAUAACGAACCAAUUAGAGCUUCAUGAUAACUGUGGCGCUAUGGUGAAUGUGGCUGUAAGUGUGACGCCUAAGAUGAGCAUAAUCUUUCAUCGUUUGUUAACGCUUAACCGAGACUACUUGAAUGGAGCCGAAAAUGAAAUGCCUUGACAAUUUAUCGGGGAUAUGCGGUUGACAAAAAGAGCCCUGACUGGCAUGUAGUGCUGUGUUCCAGGAUAACUGAGACAUUUUACUAUCACAGUGCUUGUCCCCACUAAAGAGUACCAAAACCCAUACUGCGGUGGUGAACAUUUGACAAUCUAACCGCUUCACGUCAUGGGAAAUGACAGAAAAAAAGACGGCUACGGGCCAAAGGGUUUGUACACUCCAGCGUUAUAUAAAUUAUCAAAACUGGAUCAAAAAAGCAAGGGUAACCACAGCAUAUAUUUCAUUUUCGUUAGACCCAAAAUUCUUGAAUUUGAUGAAAACAGUAGCUAAUUAGGGCCAUAAUGUAUGUGUUCCAGGUAGCGUGAAAAUAAUACAAGUUUAUGUGGUUUUGGAUAGCUUUUCAUAAAAGGUGCGAUUAUCGAUCAAAGAAAUCAUGACAAAAUAGUUCACCAUCAAUUAAUAGCAAAAACAAAUCGACUUAUUUUCGUUAGUUAAACAUGUCAACGAGCAAAUAAAUGAAGAAAACAGAAAAGUGGUUAAUAUGGUGUUAAAAUAUCAAUUAAUCAUUAAAAAAAAAUUUCCCCCCCAAAAUAUCCAACCGUGUUUUCGUGUUGAACUCUGCCUGUGAACCCUAUAAAUGUUUAUAACCUCAGGAUAAAUAAAGUUCGGUUCCUGUUCUAUUCAAUUCGGUCAGAAAGCGUGAUUGGUUAAAAACGAAAACAAUUUUGUGUGAUAUGAUGACAACAGGUUAUGAUUUUUUUAAAACAUAUCUUUUUUUCUUGUCCAUACAAAGAAAAAUUAUGUCAGACUUCAUAUAAAAAUCUAUUCUCUCCGUUUUAAGCAGUCGCGCCGAGUUGUUUAUUUGAUCGAUUUCAGAAGAGAUCAAUUUUUCCAAUGAAGUCCUCGAUCGCUAAAGUAGCGGCAGUCUUGGCAGUCAUUACCCUUCUUGUUCCUACUGUAAGUAAUUCCUUUCUUUUCACAAUUCAUUUAUAGUGUGCGGGUUUUUUUUCUCAAAUCCUACUUUAGGAUUGUAACUAAGAUGGAGCUUAAAGAACCAUACUUUUGAGAACAUGAGUUCAUAGAAGAAACGGAUAAUCGACGAAAUAAGAACUUUUACGAACAAACACUUUGUUGCCGAGAUAGUCUGAACGCCGUUCUAUUUAGGACCAUUCUAUGAUCAGGAAACAGUCCCAGUGAAACGUUUUUGUUGGCUUCACUCGACGUAGAAAGGAUGGACAAGUUUUAUACGUUAGUCAUGUAGGUAACAAUAUUUCUGACCACAAUGACUGUUCUGGAAGGGAAGCCAGUGUCUACGUGGGAUUGUUUUGACGAUAUUUUGGUGAUUAAUGCUAUAUUCUCGACUCGAUAAUGAAGUGAAAUCAAUCUUUGGACGAAACACGUAGAUCCAUAUAUAUCAAGUAAAGAUAUCGAGUGGCAUCAAGGAGCAGUCGGUUCCGACUUCUAAAUAUAAUUUUGCUGACGAAACAAAUUUCCUCAACUUAUAAUGGAAAUAACAACAAAUAACAGAAAAACGUAAUUGCAACAACAAUUAAAAAGUAGAACGGUAGCGAAACAGUAACAAAAACAGCAAGAAGUUCCCUUUUUCUCUCAAUAGCGAGUUAUAUGGUACACAAUGACGCACAAAUUACACAACUUCGCCCCAUUUGUUUUCUUUUUUCGCCAUAGAUAACUUGAUGCAGAUCGAGAACUCUCUUCAUUUUGCGACAUUUUGUCCGCUCUCGAACAAUAGUAAAUUUUUUUUCAACUCUUUCCUCUACAUACAGGUGUACUGUGACGAGGCAAGACAAUGCCCUCACUCUGCAUGCGGUCCGUCGAAAGCCUGUGAAUUGCAGGUAAGUCUGAAAACUUUCCCAAUUCAAUAAAAUUUGAUCAAUUUCACAUUUUCAGGCGCCAUUUUAAGAGAAUAGCUAGAUAUCAUGUGAAUCUCAUUCGAGUGACCGACUUAUAUCCGGUUUGCUCAUGCUUUUCAAUUCCUCUAUCGCAGGAUAAACUGAUAUAUCACCAGACUAUGACGCCCGCUUGGCUUGAAGGCUUCGCUUCUUACAUUGACAGCUCACAUUCUACAACCGCAGAUCUUAUCACUUUCAACGCGGGCAAAGUAUCCAAUGCUGCACUGCUUAAGAUUCCAUUAAUCGCUUCCGACGUCUUGACAGACUGUGUACCGCUGACUGUUGAGAUCACCGUCGCCAAUGACGUCAGAAUUGGUGGACGAGGUUACGACAGUGAUAUAAGGUAUGGCUUGUCGGAUGGCACCAAUUUUAUUGGAUUCGAAGCGCCAGACAGAAGGACGUACGCGAGGCAGUCUCCUUGUUAUGGAAUUGAAGGAACAUCUGGCAAAUUCCUGAAGAAAAUCAAUUACAAAAACACCAAGUUCCCUAAAGUCAACAAGUAUUCAUACUACCCCGGUCGAUUCUUGUUCACAUUCAAGUUGGAUCAGCGAUGGGGUUCUUGUUACACCGCGCAGGACCAUGGCUUUGAGAAGACCGCUGGCUACAUAAACCGACUAAAAGUCAGUAAGGGGCUCACUCUGGAGGUUUACAAGACUGAUAAAAAUGAGAGGGUUGGGAUCAAGUUUAUCAAGGUGGCCAUCACGCAGGACUCGUCAUGUAAUAUGUAA